CCUCAGCAUUAUUCCGCAAAACAGGUUUCCGCUCAGGACAUUACUAGUUCAGAAGGAGACAACUAGGUACUUUAGAGCAGUACAACGGCAUGUGAUGUCAGCUGACAGCAGCAGAGGUAGCUUCUCUGGGUUGUCCUUGUCACAGCAGCCAUGGCGGAGAUUUCUGCAAUGGGUAGUGGUGCUCCGAUGCAGCGGGGGCCCUACAUCAGCAUGAUCACGAAUUGGAUGUUGAACCUGUUGAUUCGCGCCACCAUGCUCUUUAUGGUGGGUGUGUUCUUGGCACUCGUGCUAAACCUGCUACAGGUGCAGCGUAACGUCACUCUUUUCCCUCCUGAUGUCAUCAGCAGCAUUUUCUCAUCUGCCUGGUGGGUUCCACCCUGCUGUGGAACAGCUGCAGCAUUGAUAGGUUUGUUGUAUCCCUGCAUGGACCAUCGUCAGGGGGAGCCCCAUAAACUUAAGAGGGAGUGGUCUAAUGUGAUGCGCUGUGUGGCCGUCUAUGUGGGCAUAAAUCAUGCCAGUGCUAAGGUGGACUUUGAAAAUAACGUGCAGCUGUCACUUACUCUGGCUGCCUUAUCUGUUGGCCUGUGGUGGAUGUUUGAUCGUUCACGCAGUGGUUUUGGGCUGGGAGUCGUCAUUGCAAUACUUGCCACACUGGCCACUCAGCUACUGGUUUACAAUGGAGUCUUUCAAUAUACCUCUCCUGACUUCCUGUACAUUCGGUCCUGGCUGCCAUGUAUCUUCUUUGCGGGUGUGAUAACUGUGGGGAAUAUCGGAAGGCAACUAGCUCUGUAUGAGUAUAAAGUCAGUCAGGAAAAGACCCACCAGGAUUAAUGGAGAAGCGUCUGCCCACAUCGGGAAAUCCAGGAUAAAGAAGCAUGGGAUCAUCUGAUGGGGCACCAUGACUGACAGAGUGAUCCAUCGCUAAGGAGGGGCAGCUCUCUGUGUUUGUAGAUGGGACAGUGUUAAGAUGUAUGCCUGCGGAUAUGCUGUUUGCAUGCUCUGGUUCUCAGAGUGUGUAUAACGACAGGAUAUUACAUCGAUUACACACCCAUACUGUCUUGGCUACAAUAAAGUGCCAAACUGACUUUUAUUGUUCAUAUUGAAUGACUGUUCUCCACUCAUAAUUGCAGGCAUAAGUUAGAAGGACAAUGUAUUGUCUCCUCCAUCCUCUGUGAUGGGUGAAGGAGUGUCGUCUGAAUGCAGCACCGCCAUCGGUUCUCACUUAUCAAUGUUUAAUACAGAAACAUUAGCAGUAAAGGGGAGUUUGGAAAGUAAUGUAGAGUAUUAUGACAGGGCACCCCAUUCUUAGUGAGGAAUCAGUUGCAUAUCACUACAUUAAAGGGCAGCUCACUCCUGCUGUCUAUGAUCACCACCAGAGAGCGUCAGAGCACAGCUGACUCACACCAACGAAAAGCAGAUUCAACAGAUUCCACAUCACACCAGAUUCUACAAGAUGUUAACUGUUCACCAGUGUGCUGUGUUCAUUAGCUAAAGGAUUGGUGUUUAUUAAUGGUUUUAUUGGUUCUUGCAUACUUAAAAGUGAUUGUAUUUCUUGUAAUAACCAGAUAAGUUCCUGCUAGACCAAAAGAAUUCCUUUGUUCUGAAUGAUUGAGGCAUUCCUUAGCUUCAGAGAUUGCUUUGUAUUAAGUUGUUUUGGCUUCAGAAUAAAAUCAGAAUUAUUUUGACACACAAUGACAAUCCGUUUAUUUUUACCAAAGCCUUAACAUGACAGAUAUGUUUGAGCUUGGAAUAAAAAAAAAAAUUACAAAAAAAAAUAUAUAUUGGCAGACCACUAUCUGUGCACUGGUUUAGGAUAAA